AAACACGCCCAGCGACGCUCGCCCACCGGCCCCCACGUCUUGACCCCACCUGUCGGCGAGGUAGAACCAUCGGUGGGCCCGCCCUGUCAGCACUGCUCGCUCGCUCGCUUCGCUCACCCCGUGCCAAACAAUCCCCCUCCGAUUCCCUCCUCCCGAGUCCCCACGAGCAAAGCUCGCACCUUUCCCCGCCGAUUCCGAAGCCCCCGCGGGAUUCCGCGCGGAACCCACAUCGCCGGUCCCGCUCCCGGAUUCUUUUGGUGCCCGGAGGAGGCGCCCCGCGUCCAGGUUCCAGCUGUUCCGUGUGUAGCCAAUUGGGGCCUUCUUCUUUUUUUUUAAAAAAAGGAACUCCAAAUUGGGAUACUGCAUGGGGGGUGUAUUUGGACGGCAUGACAGCCACAAGCGGAGUUUGCAUGGUUCAAAGUUGGAGGCGAAGAUGGUGGAUGCCAUGCGGCAAAGAGCGUCGCAUGGAACUUCGCUGAAAUCGUUCUAUAGUAUCAUCAUGAAGUUUCCCAAAAUUGACGAGAGUUUUAGAAAAUGCAAGACAAUCUUUGAGCAAUUUGAUGAAGAUUCCAAUGGUGAAAUAGAUAAAGAGGAACUGAAGCAUUGUUUCCAAAAACUUGAAAUCUCAUUCACGGAGGAGGAAAUUAGUGAUCUCUUUGAAGCUUGUGAUAUAAAUGAAGAUAUGGGCAUGAAAUUCAAUGAGUUCAUUGUGUUUUUGUGCCUUGUUUAUCUUCUCAAUGAACCAGCUGUAUCGGAAGCAAAGAUAAAGAUGGGAUUAGGAAAUCUUGAGGCAACUUUUGAGACCUUGGUUGAUGCAUUUGUCUUCUUGGAUAAGAAUAAAGAUGGGUAUGUGAGUAAGGAUGAGAUGAUCCAAGCAAUAAAUGAGACCACAACAGAACGCUCUUCUGGGCGUAUAGGCAUGAGGAGAUUUGAGGAAAUGGAUUGGGACAAGAAUGGAAUGGUGACAUUCAAGGAAUUUCUGUUUGCAUUUACUCGCUGGGUAGGGAUUGACGAGAAUGAGGACGACGAUGAAUGAAGACUGGUUGUUCUUCAAUUGUCAGGACCAUAUCAGCCCUGAAGAGGCUGGGAAUGAAUGACGGCUAAAAGAAGUAGUUUGGGGUUUAUUGGUUGCUUGUUGAUCUUGGUUGUUUAUGGUAUUGUUAAUAGAAUGACUCAACAUGUUCCUAGUAGAAUGGACUAGUCUGAACACCCGUAUCAACAGUAUAGUUGCCUUCUGUCACACAUGUUCCUUACAGUUUACAAGUUCUAAAAGGAAACAAAUCCCUCAUAUUAUGUGCUCUUGUAUACGCUUUGUAAUGCUGUAAAUGAUUAUUUUGAAGUGCAUUUUCAUCUGUCACA